CUCGGCUCAGUCGCCUCCGCGGCCUUUCCCGGAGCCGACGCAGGCGCAAAAAGGGAGAAACCUGCAAGCCGAUUGCUGAGAAAGGAGAGCGGGGCAGCUGCCUGCCCGGGACGGCGCGCCCAUGAGCUGCGAGGUGGUAGUGCUGUACUUUGCAAGAAGUGCCGAAUUAGCCGGUGUCCGCACUGAGACCAUUUCUGUGCCCCAACAGAUAACAUCCCUGCAGCUGUGGGAAGAAAUUGUCAAGAGGCAUUCAAGGCUCACUGCUAUACAGGACCAAGUCGUCUUUGCUGUCCGCCAGGAAUACGUGCUUCUUGGGGAUCACCUGGUGGUCCUCAACCCAGGGGACGAGGUUGCUGUUAUCCCCCCCAUUAGUGGAGGUUAGCUCUGGAAAGACGGAGUC